AUGGAGCAAAAGCAAGGUUCCGGUGCGAAUCAAGAUGACCCGAACUCCAGUCGGAGUAAUGCGGAUGAAGUAGGCGUUAGACGAAGUAGUGUAGACGAUGACGGGCAUGAUGUAAUAGACGAAGAAGCCAAGAAAGAAAUCUAUCUGGAGCCUGAUGACGAGUUUCUUGGCUUUACAACUAAUCCGGAAGUCGAAGGUGCCGAGUACCUGGAGACGUUGGAGGAUGCACCAAAGCCGGAAUUACCCGUCGUUUUGACGUCGAUCGCGGACAUGAUUCGCGAACGUAUCUACCUCACAGAUUACGAUCCAAGUCAGCACUGGACCGAAAACCACAGUAAUGUGGUUGAGACAGAUUUCGCAUCUGGGGAUAGACCCCAACUGUUUUUCUAUAUGUCUCGUAAAGGUGAACUGAAAGUAGAGUACGAUGUGCCAAAACAAUUUCAUAAUGAAUUGAACUAUUUCAUACAUAUACCCGAUCCAAAUAAGGGAAAGCUUACAGCAGAAAACUUUGACAUGCGCGUGCAAUACGGUAGUUUAUCCGGACGAGGAAUUGAAAGUCUUCUAAGGAUCAUGUCGACUAUCUUUGCACCAGCCUUCUUCUCCAACACAACUUGGCCGGAUAGUAUACGGAAUGAUUUUGCUUUGCAAUUGCAACGGUUUAUGUCUGCCCUGACAGAUGCUCGAUGGAAACUGGAGAAUAAAACAGUCCUUUACCUACCGAAUGAGAAUCUAGAUCAACGUGCUGAAAUCGCAGCAAAGAAUAAGGAUUUGGUUAACCGAUUUGAAAUGAUUGUCAUUCACUGGACUCGUCAAAUCAAGACUGUGCUCAAUUCACAAAACACCACAGAUGAAAUUGAAGGUACUGGACCGUUGGAAGAAAUUGAAUUUUGGCGCAACCGUUGCGAGGACUUGACUGGUAUAAGUCGUCAGUUGGACAAACCGGCUGUCAAACACAUCACUGACAUCCUGACCGAUGCAAAAUCGUCCUAUGUGGCCGCGUUUAUCCGUCUGGCCGAUGAAAUCAAAUUCAACACACAACAAGCACAAAAUAAUUUAAAAUUUUUGAACACUUUGAAGGAGUUGUGUCAUCAGUUGAGUGAGUCCUCGCCAAAAGACAUUCCACCGAAAUUGCCUCGACUGAUCAACAUGAUCCGAAUGAUCUGGGUCAAUUCGAAGUAUUAUAAUUCCAAGGAAAUUAUCACCGGCAUGUUUCGAAAACUGUCCAAUGAGAUUAUCAAUCGAUGUUGCAGUGUUAUCUCACUGGAUGAUAUAUUCGAAGGCAAAGUGAUUUCCAGUUCGAUCAAUUUACAGUACUGUAUCAAUUGUUGUGAACAGUAUAAGGCUAUCUAUGAGAGAUUGCAACAAAUGCAUUCGCGUAAUUCUCACGUGCCGUGGGACGCGCAGAAAAAUAGCAUAUUUGCCCAGGUGGAUGCAUUCAUUCAACGAUGUCGGGAUUUACUUGAGAUUUGUGAAUGCCAACGAAAUUUCGGUCGUUUCGAGGAGGGAACCAAGACAACCAUGCCCAUUUUCCAAGGUGCUCGAGGGUCAGAAAUUGAAAUUCUACUCAACACGAUAGAACAGAUGUUUAGCAAAUUGAUGCGGCACUUGUAUGAAAAACGAAACUUUAUUCUGGAUGUGAAGGCCACCUCAUGGCACGAUGAUUACAACCGGUUCAGAGUCGGAAUCAAAGACUUAGAAGUGAUGAUGCAGAACGCUAUCAAUACAGCUUUUGAAACUGUGACCAAUAUUCAACAGGGUGUUGAAAUUCUGGACGUAUUUGCCCACUUACAAACCCGAGAAGCAAUUCGACGAACUAUCGACAACAAAACGCAUGAACUGGUUUCCCGUUUCGGUGAUUGCUUAAAUCAAGUGAAGAAGGAAAUGACACAACGAAUUUAUGCUGGAUUACCCAUACCGACUGAAGCGCACUUUAGUGGACAAGGUCUAUAUUGGCGGUUCCUAAGACGUCGUCUGGAGAGAGCAAUGCAGAAUUUGGACCAGGCAUUUUUCCUACCUCUGACCGUAGCAGGGAUAGCAGACCAUCGCCAACAGUAUACACAAACUGUGGCUGCUCUGGAAGACUUGACACGCAAAACGUUUUUGGAAUUCCAAACACAAAUUGACCCAGAUCCUCUGAAAGGUCUCGAAUCAUCUGUGCUCAUUCGUAGUGGUCUACAAAGUGGACUUUUGGAACCGAAUCUGAGUGGCAGUGCGCUAAAACUGUUCAAUGAAUUACAUUACUGGGUACGAUUGGGAUUGGAAGUGCCCCCGAACGCAGCUGAGGCCUUCCGUCGACGUCUGGAAUUGCGCUAUUUGUUGGAAGUGAUCCUGAUCGUGGUUCGGGACUAUAAUCGUAUUAUGAACUCACUGAAUGCGGAAGAACGUGCCCUGUUUCGAGAACGCAUUAAAAUUUUGGACAAAAAGAUUGCACCGGGUCUGAGCAAAUUGCAUUGGACUGUGAAGGGGUUGGUUGAUAUGUUUGUUAGUGAUUGUCGAAUUCAAGCGUCGAAACUGCAAAGUAAAGUGGAUGAGUACAAGUCAGCCAAUUUGGAUAUCAAACUGAAUUGUGAACAGAUUGCACAAACUUUGCUGAUCAAACUCGACCCUAAUCGGGUAUAUGAGAACACGGAAUUCGAUGACUGUCAAUCUGCCCACCGAGCUGUGACCAAAACCAAAUUGUUGUCCAUGCACGAAUCAAUCGUGGAAAAAAUGAAGGAGGUGAAGGAGACAUUUGUCUCGGAAAGUGCCGAUAUCCAAAUGUAUUGGGGCAGAUACACGGAAAGAAUGGAUCGUUAUUGUGAAGAAGCAUUCAGACUGAAUGUGAAACUAUCACUAAGCGAGCUGCAACGUGCAAUCAAUGGGGACGGCCGAAACGACCCGAAUCCACUUUUUAAAGUCUCUUUGAAUUUGGACAAUGAUGUUCUCGUAUUUUUGCCCACUUUACCCCAACUGACCAAUGUGGUUGCUUCAUUGGGUAACAAAUUCACGGAGAUUAUCUCAGUCAUUCCUCGACUUCCUGAUUUACUCACUCGUGGAAAAUCACAGAAAGUGCCCAUAAGUGAGGUGAUCGCGACAGACGAUGAGAUUAACAAAAUUCAGGCAAGCAUCAAACGAGGAAUGCAAGAAAUCAGCUCGGCCGUCCAAGAACCGCUCAGUUAUUGGGAUCAAUUCAGAGAAAUUUGGGAACUACCGAAGGAUGAUUUCAUUCAACGGUAUCGUCAGCUCAAUCCACACGUCUCAUCUAUUGAUGCUGACAUAGCUCGGUACACCGAAGUGACCAACAAAGUACAAGACGCUGAAACCAUGGUUACGACGCGAUUUUUACAGCUCGAUUUCAGUCUGUUGAAGAAUGCUAUCGCAGCACAUUGUCGUGAUUGGCAGUUACGAUUGACACAGUUGUUGUUGGAUAUGACAACGGAUACUCUGUACGGGAUCUACACUUACAUUGAAACUGUGCAGGAAAGAAUCUCACGAACACCACAAAAUUUGGAUGAACUUAGUGCCUCAAUUCAGCUCCUCGAACGCAUCCUUAUUGAACAACACGAGAUCCAAGCCAAAUUUGUCCCGCUGGAAGAACAGUUUGCCAUACUGGAUAAAUGCGAAGUCACUUACACCGACGAAGUGGCUAUGAAACGAGCCAAUUUGGCCAACGAUUGGAUGCAAUUCCAGAGUGCACUGAUGGCUGCAGAACAGAUGAUUAAAAAAUCCAAAGAAAAAUUCAAAACCGGUUUGUUGGCCGAUUCAGAGGAGUUCAAACGUUCUGUGGCUAAUCUGUUGCUGGAACUGCAAACCACUGGGCCUUAUGCCGCUGAUCUGGUCCCACAAACUGCUCUGGACACUGUGGCACGGUUCCGAGACGAGGUGACCAAGUUGAAAUCUCGCGAAAUGGAGCUUCGACAUGGUUUGAAUCUUUUUAAGAUUGAGCAACCUCCUUGCAAAGAGAUUGCCAUAAUUGAUAAGGUAAGCUAA